CGGAGGCACAGAUCCAGCUCUCUUUACUUUGUGACGCGCCAGUUGGUGGUAUCAGGGAUUCCAAGCAUGAGAUCCCUUAAAUUGUUGCUACUUAGCGCCAGCUGCGCGCUUUUUAUAAGCCUAACCCUUGCCCAUCCUCCAGAAGGUGUGUGGAAGAAGAAACUCACCUGGAAGGAAGACUGGGUACAGGUAUGGAAAACAAUCAAGAAAGAGGCAUGGGAAACUAAAUGGAAAAAGGUUCAAGUGCCUAUUUGGAAGGAGGUUAAGGUUCCUGUGUGGAAAGAGGAAAAGGUUCCCGAUUGGAAGAUCGUUAAGAAACCGAAAAUUGAAGAACGUGAAGUUCCCGCCUGGAAGGAAGUCAAAGUAGCCGAAUGGAAGAAGAUCACAAAACCAAUUUGGGUGCCCACAAAGGUGGCCGUUUGGAAGGAAAUUCAAGUGCCAGUAUGGAAGGAAGUCCAAGUGCCCUUCUGGAAGGAAAUACAAGUUCCUGUAUGGAAAGAAGUUCAGGUGGCCGAUUGGAAGCAAAUGUUUGAACCACAAUGGGUAAAAAUGGGUAUUCCCGGUGAGAAAUUCUUGGGCAAAGAUCAUGAAGGCUGGGAGUAUACCAGUCACGAUCUGUGGCGCAAAAAGCUGGUGUGGAAGCCCGUCUGGAAGAAGAUCUGGCGCACUGAAAAGAAACAAGAAUGGCGCACCGAGAAGAAGCAAGAAUGGCGCACCGAAAAGAAACAGGAAUGGCGUACCGAAAAGGUACAAGAAUGGAAACAAGACAAGAAAUUGGAAUGGAAAGAUGAAUGGAUUCAGGUAUGGAAGCCAGUAAAGAAACAAAUUUGGAUUAAGGAGAAACGCGAGACAUGGAUCGAGGAGAAGGUACAAAUUUGGCGCACUGAGAAGCGACAAGUGUGGGCCACCGAGAAACGCCAAGCCUGGAAGGAUGAAUGGCAAUCGGUGAAUGUGCCCGUGUGGAAAGAAGUUAAAGUACAAGAAUGGAAAAAGGUGUGGAAGCCAGUAUGGGAAAAGGUUUGGGUACCAAUUAGCCAUGAUCAUGGCCAUGGCCAUGGCUGGGAUUAAGUAAUGUCAGGGGUUUGUUUUUUUACCAACGGGGGGCUGUAUGUAUGGUUUACUUUUUUUUACAAAAAAACAAAAACAAAAUGGGGGCAUCCCCCAUUUCUGUCUAAAGGAUUAUAUAUUUUUUUUCUCCAUAGCCGCAAUCUAAGCGGCAGCACUGAUAACUGAUAACUGAACCCCCCCAAAAGAAAAGAAAAAGAAAAGAAAAGAAUUUCCCUCAAUUGAUUGUUUGACAAAUUGUUAAUAGUUUACAUACAUAUAUAAGGCAUACGAAUACCAUACCAGAUUCUCUUUCCCACCUUUCUUCCUUUCAUCGCUAUACCCAAUUCCUCUCCUCUUCUCUGAUUUGCCCUCCUUCUCAUCGUUUCAAGUGUACAAAUUAGUCAUGCGCGCGUUUUUCGUCUUUAAGUUAUGGAAAAAACAAAACAACAACAACAACAAAAAAUGAGUUACAUAUGACAUUGAAAUUUGAUAUAAAUCUUUUUGUAAAUAUAUGUGUACUUAAACAAUUUUUUGGUUAAUUAUAAAAAAAAAAAAACAAAAACAAAAAUCUUUCAUGUAAAAAAAAACAAGAAAAAAAAAAAAAAUAAAAAUCAUAUAAAAAAAUCAUAAACGUAAA